AGGAACCCAUAAACUUCAAAUCGUAAAUCUGUCUCAGAUUUAGAUGUGUGCAAUCCUUCCCUUCAUUAUUGGUGAGGUUAUGGUCUAUAGUUGACUUCAUCAUAUCCCUUAGCUCAGUGUAAACAAUUGAGAAAUGCCUUCAUUCUGGUGAAGCAAUGGUUUAAAGUUGACUAAAUAUAUAAAUUUAAGUCACCUGCCUCCGUUUAAAUUUAGUAGUGGUUGACCAACUAUUCAGUAGUUGAGACAAGACCUAUCACCAGCCAGUUCUCAGUGUGUAACAUGCAAAUUUGCUCAAAGUUGGCUGCAUAACAAUCCCAAACUUUAGUUCUUUCCUGCUAUUGAUCAAAUUUCUCUUAAAACAAAUUGUUCUUUUGAGUAAAAAUCAUUUUCUAAAAGUUGGGAAAAGCAGAGAUCUAUGAAAGAAGGUAAUGUGCUAAUGACUGCUCAGAGAAUGGUAUCUGGUGCCUCUCCUUCCUCUCCAUCAACUCCAAACUCUCAAGCUACACAACCACCUUUGCCAACACCAUCACCAUAUUCGUUCUCAGUGGCAUCGACAAGGUUGAGAUCAAGGCCUUCUAUCUAUGCAUACGAUCUUACCCUAAGGUCACUGGCACUCUUGUUCUCCUUCAUCUCUGCUCUUUUGCUAGCUGCACCAGCCCCAACAAGGACCAAACGAGGAGCGAUUUCCAGAUUCUAUGAUAACCCACAAUUAACGUACAGCUUCACAGUAAGCUUAUUAGCUUUUAUAUACUCGGCCUUUCAACUCUUCAAAAGAGUUUGUGACAUUGCUUAUCGAGGGGUCUUGAUCUCGGAUAUGACCUCUGACUACCUCAGUUUCAUACUCGAUCAGUUGGCAGGUUACCUCCUUGUGUCCUCUUCUUCAGUAACUAUACCAGUCAUUCAACAGAUGGAAAGCCGUACCUCUCUCUGGAAACCAGCUAUUGUUGCUGUUUGCAUGUCAUUUACUGCUUUCGUGUUCCUUGCAGUCUCCGCACUCUUAUCAGGUUACAAGCUAUGCAAAAGGAUCAUAUGGUGAUGCACUGGGAAUUAAACACGCAGCCUUCUUCACUUCUUUGUUUCCGUCAAGAAAGUUUUCAUCUGCUUGAAGCAUCACAAGUAGCAAUUGGGCGGCAUAUAGCAACUAUCCUUGACUACACUAAUGAUCUGGUAGAAUUUGAUAACAAUAAGAAAGAAGCAAUUGGGCGGCAUAUAGCAACUAUCCUUGACUACACUAAUGAUCUGGUAGAAGUUGAUAACAAUAAGAAAGAAGGGAUCGGAUGUUUAUCGGACAUCUUCCUAGCUAGGUUUGAGUUGGACAGUGCCAAGAAGAAUCUGGAUUUUUUGUCAAGCUGGCACAGAAGUGGAGGAUUAACAGAACAGAAAAGAAGAUGGGGCAUAGUACCUGCCUGCAUAUGGACUAUAUGAAGAGAGAGGAACUCAAGGUGUUUUGAAGAUAAGAGCAACUUAAUCCAGAAGAUAAAAUUAAAUUGUGUCAUGUUGUUUCAUUUCUGGUGUAAACAGGAGUAUAUAGAUGACACUGCGUCUCUAUUACAAGUACUAGAGUCUCUGUAAGAAGAAGAAUACUUUUGCUAAUUUUAUAUUUCUUUUGAUGCUACAACUGU